UGCACAUUAAACGAAGUAUUAAAUGCUAAUCUUCCUGCUGUGUGAAACAGGGAUACUGCAUCUUUAAGUCGGAUGUAGCCCCUUUUCUUUUUUUUGGGAUGGGCUAUUCUCAUAACGUCACAUCAUUCCUCCCUCUUUCAUUUUCUCGUUCUUUAAUUCUUUCUCUCCCCCAUUUACUAAAUGGAACGGCUUUUUAAGCUCUCCAUGUCUGUGUGCUUUCUCUGAUUUUCAGCUGGGUUUUUUUUCCCUCUUUGUGUUUUGCGGAUCUGACUUUUAAAAGACGGAGCAAAAUGACUCAGUAACAUUUUUCUUUUUUUCGUGUUUUGACUAUUUGUCAAAUUCUAAUCCGUUUCACAGAACCAUGAUGUAUUCUCCUCUCUGUCUAACUCAGGAUGAGUUUCAUCCCUUCAUCGAGGCUCUUCUCCCGCACGUCCGUGCCUUCGCCUACACCUGGUUCAACCUACAGGCCCGCAAACGCAAGUACUUCAAGAAGCACGAGAAGCGGAUGACCAAGGACGAGGAGCGCGCGGUCAAGGACGAGCUCCUCAACGAGAAGCCAGAGGUCAAGCAGAAGUGGGCGUCUCGGCUUCUGGCCAAACUCCGCAAGGACAUCCGGCCCGAGUGCCGAGAGGACUUUGUGCUCUCCAUCACGGGCAAGAAGACUCCCUGCUGCGUCCUGUCCAACCCUGACCAGAAGGGCAAGAUGCGGCGCAUUGACUGCCUGCGCCAGGCUGACAAAGUGUGGAGGCUGGACCUGGUGAUGGUCAUCCUGUUCAAGGGGAUCCCUCUGGAGAGCACGGAUGGGGAGAGGCUUAUCAAGGCUGGUCUGUGCACCAACCCCAUUCUCUGUGUGCAGCCCCACCACAUCAGCGUAUCUGUCAAGGAGCUGGACUUAUACCUUGCUUACUUUGUACAGGAAAGAGAAUCCGAGCAGAGCAGCAGUCCCAGAACUGGGAUUGGCUCAGACCAGGAACACAGUAAAACAGCCACAAUGGAUGCCCCAGAGUUUCAGGACAGCUUUGUGACUUCAGGAGUUUUUAAUGUAACAGAACUGGUUCAAGUCUCCAGAAGUCCAUGUUGUGCACCUACAGCCCCAGUGGUGACGGGGACAGGCCCAAACUUCUCCCUGGGGGAGCUCCAGGGGCACCUGGCCUAUGACUUGAACCCACCAGGGGCAGGAUUGAGGAGGACCCUGCCCAGCACCUCGUCCAGCGGCAGUAAAAGGCACAAGUCUGGCUCCAUGGAAGAUGACAUUGACACUAGCCCAGGUGGAGAGUACUACACCUCUCCCAACUCCCCCGCCAGCAGCAGCAGAAACUGGCCUGAUGAGAUGGAGGGGGGUUGUUCAGUCAGGAUUUACCGGGAGCUCUUCAAUCCCAGCCUCAUCAUGUCAACGUCUCCUGUCAAAUACGGGAUCUCUCCCACAGUGAAGAAGACUGAGAUGGACAAGUCUCCCUUCAACAGCCCGUCUCCACAGGACAACUCCCCGCGGCUCAGCAGCUUCACGCAGCACCACCGGCCCGUCAUCGCUGUGCACAGCGGGAUCUCCAGAAGCCCACAUCCUUCCUCAUCUCUGCACUUCCCCACUACCACCAUCCUACCCCAGACAGCGUCCACGUACUUCCCCCACACGGCCAUCCGCUACCCACCACACCUCGGCACCCAGGACCCCCUCAAGGAUCUCGUCUCGCUCGCCUGCGACCCGUCCAAUCAGCAGCCGGGAUCGUUAAACGGCAGUGGUCAAGUUAAAGUGCCCAGCCACUACAUUUCCUCACAGAUGCUGGCACCACCACCUCUCCCAGGCAUGUCCCGACUGACGUUACCACCCGACACAAAAUCUGCUACAACCACCACAGAGGGAGGAGCGAAUUCUCCAACAUCACCUAUCCUGGUAUCUGGGCAACUGAAUGCUACGGAUAACCCUGAGAGAACGGACACAGAUUUGGGAUUUUGUUUGAGGGGAAAAAAAAAUAAAUUGUGAAAGAUGCAAGAGGGAAUAUAUUUAAAGAUACUUCAACUCGCCUUUAAGAAAAAGAGGAAUGACGAAGAAGAGGAAGAACAAGUCUUCAGUCUCAAAUCUUCCCUGGGCUGCUUGUAUAAGGUGCCACAUUGGUCAUAUAUGCAAAAUGAUAAUCCUUUAUUUUCUUAAAGUAGAAAAAUACUAAUGAUCGUUUUCAAAGAAGUGUAAAGGUAUAGGAACAAUAUGAUACUUUUAAUGGGGGGGGGGAUAAAAAAUGAAAUAUGAUCUAGCCCAAAUAGAGAGAAAAAAAGUUAUUUUUCAUUAGUUUUCUCAGACAAUCAUGAAUAUGUUUUUUUUUAUUUUUUUUUUUAAGAAAUAUAACACACAAGAAUAUUACUUCUUGAUUUUACUCGCUGAUUAAUGAAAUGCUGUGGGUUUUGCACAGGAAUAUUGACUGAAUAUAUUCGAUAAUAUAAUGCCUGUGUGUAACGACUUCUAAUUGUGGUCUUUAUAGAUAGUUGGUGCGUGUGCAUGAUAAAUGCAUCAGUGGCCUGUAUGUACAGUACAAACACAAACAGAGUUCCAACUUUCUAAUGCUGUCUUGGUGGCAAAAAAAAUUACCUGCGUAAAAAUCAUGUUUAUAACCUGUUCAUUUAAAAGCUGCUAAGUGCAUUUGUAAAUGUACUGUUCUUCAAAUUUCCACUGAAAGCACUUACAUAUCCAAAUGCAUGUAAUUGCAGAUCAAAUAGUCCAAUCUAAUGUUCUUUAAAAACACACAGUGUGUGGAUGCGAUGAGAUAUCCAUGCCAGUUUUGAAUCUGUCGUACGAUGGGCUGCGCAUUAGAGUCAAGGGGUCCGCUAAAAACCUGGCAACCUUGACUAACAACACAAAGAUCUAGAGUUGCACACUAUUCACAGGUUUCCGGCUGCAGUCGGGGUUACAUCUAUUGUAGACACAGUCUGCCGUAUUGGAAGAUUUACAAUAAUGCAGUAGCAGCUAUUAACUGGGGUUAUUAUACUACUGUGAAGACAUGUGAGGUAUCACGUUAAAGGACAAAGAAGCACUCCUUUGACUUUCAUUUGACCUUUUUGCUGCGAUUCUAGCUGGAGCCGUUGAACCCGGUCUCUGAUGUGUCAGGGCACUUGGUAGAGCAGAGGAGCAAUCCAAGCGCAUCAGAGAUUUCUAAAUCAAGGGGGCUGAUCAUUUCAGUUGUUCUGGAUCCCUGAAAGCCCGUGGUGCACCCAAAAAACACCCAGGCCGCUUCUAAAGAAGCUUAAUUGUGUAGGACUGAAGCAUCUUCAGCCACUCACGCGGUGGGGAAAAUCGCUUAGAAAUGUCACCUGCGAGCAAGCUGAUUCGUAAGUCUCCCCGGGUUUCAGGGGCUUCAGCAAUAGUUAGGAAGAAGUGAGCAAAUAUAGGGACGUUUAGGACGAAACAAUAUGCAAACGUGCUUCUUUGUUCUUUAAUGUGGGAAUGUCGCAAAUUCUGGCAGACAACCGCCAUGAAAAAAACAAUAUGGGGGCCAGCUAUACUAGCCCCAGCUGCAUGCAGGUUUGACUGUUGCUAUAGGAACUUGCAAUCUGGUCCCCUGCCAUCAUGUAACCAGAUUAUAGUCAGCUGGGGGUGGUAGAACCUCACGCAGUCAAUAUCAAUACCAUUGAGCAGUAAUAUUGAUAUGGUUUAAUAAGGGCUAGUGUUAUAAUAUUAGGGUCCUCUUCACAAAGCCUGUGUGUUAUUGGGAACAGGGCCCAGUAUUUCAGUCAGAUGUUUUUACUUUUAAAUCAUCAUAUAACCAACCCCCUUCCAAGGGUUAUAAAGCAGAAAAGAACUAGCCAGGGGUUAUUCUUUACAGUACAUUUCAAAGAGAGGUGUCGUUUUAUCCCUCUGUUGCUUAGAAUACUGUUACAUUUAUGUUGUUGAUGCAGAGUAUAAAGACAUACACAGCUGACUAAUUUUAUCAAGGCAGUCUCCCACCACGCUCUGUCAAAAUAUCAGAGCUGUCCAGCCAUCACGAACCACACCAGUGACCCUGCAAAAACACAAAACUGCAGCAUUGCAGUGGAAUGAAAUCAGAUGCAAACAUUUACACAUGCAGA